GGCACCAACGAGUAUUGUCGGCUAGAUCAGCUGCCAGAGGAUGGCGAUGAGGAUGUGGAGGUUGGCCCCAAGAUCAGAAAGAUCAGCCAGAAGAUCACCCAUGUUGCAGGUGCCAGCAUCGCAUUUUGCGCAAGCCAUGGCUACGACAAUUGCACCAAGUCGGGUGAAUACCUCGUCCGCGGAGGUGACUACUCCGAUGAGGUCGCUGAGCUCACAGAGGAGAGCUGUAGCAAAUGGAUCUCCUUGUUGAAUCGAGCGAGAUUAAUGUUAGUCUACAUCUUCGGAGAAGGCCGAGGACAAUUGGAAUUGUUGCCCUUUGACGAAGAUUCUGACGCUGUAGAGUUGCCGACAGAGCCCGACAUGCUGGUGGUCCUGCGAGCGGAUCAGAUGCAUCACAAGCAUCAAUCCAAUCGAGGCACGUUUUCCAUCGUCAGUUGGAUCACCGCAGCCGAGAAUUCCACGACGCGUGGCUGGACUGGAGGCCUCAGCAGGACCUUUUGGGCCACCAUCCCCACAGCGCGGGAGUUAGUGGACUGGGCCCAAGAACGUCUCAAGGACUUGCUGGACAUGGAGACUCUGGACAAAGACACGGAGAUCCCCAGGGAAUGGCAGCUGAUGAUGCGCCACAGUUUCUUCCGACACAAUCGGAGUCCCGUGGCCGUGCGCGGCGAGGCUGGACAUUUGCCGACCACCAACAACACUCGCGUUUUGUGGGAUGCCAUCAAUCAAGGCUCUGAUUUUGUGACAGAUAUCCCAUACCAUCGCUGGGAUCACGAGCUGUACUACGACUCAGAUCCCAACUGUUGGAUGCAGGCCCAGUGCUGGGGCCGGGGUCUCAUCAAGACAAACGUCAAGCACGGUCAGUUCAUCGAAGGUGUGGACCUUUUCGACAAUAAGUUCUUCGGUGUGUCCAACAUGGAAGCCACUGGAAUGGAUCCCAUGCAGAGACACAUCUUGGAGACCAGCUAUGAGGGGCUUUUCAUGGCAGGCUACACCAAGAAGACCCUCAUGGGCAAGUACAUUGCCGUGUUCACCGGUUGUACAAAUCCUGAGUGGAACUACAUCGACAAAGAGGCCGGUGCCUGUUCCGGAACUGGAAGCUCACAGGCCAUUACCUCCAACCGAACGUCCUUCUUGUUGGGCAUCAUGGGUCCCAGCACCUCCAUCGACUGCGAUCAAAGCUCAGCUGGCAUGGCGUUGAUGGUGGGCGCCACUGCCGUCACUCCUGCCACCGAGCGUCGCACCGAAAGCGGUGGCGACAGCGAGGCUGCUUUGAAGCCCUACGCAGAGAAGACGAAGUCUGGCGAUCUCUCGGUGAUUGAGGGGCCCUGCAUCGGCACCAUGGUGGGUUGGCGCAUGACCAACAACGGCCGCUCCGCUGGGCUGCACGCACCUAGCGGACCCGCUGAGCAGGAGGCCAUAGCAGAUGCCAUUCGGCAUGCGGGCAUUUCACCUUUGGAUUUAGAUGCGAUGGAGUGCCACUCAGCUGGCCACCUGCUCUCCGAUGGAGUGGAGGUAGUGUCUGCCACCACAGUGUGCCGAGGAAUGGAAGGUGGUGAUAGAGAAGUGCUGAUCCUUGGUAGUAUCAAGACCAAUGUUGGAAUACAGCAAGAAGCUUGUGGCAUCACCGCGUUCCUCAAGGUCUUGUACAACAUCAGCUAUGCCAACAAUGCACCCACCAUCCAUUUGAAGCAGCUGAAUCCGCACAUCGAGUUAGGCGACAGCGCGGUGUGUUUCAACACCGAGGCGUUGGCCUACAAAGAUAGCAGGGCUUUCCACGGCUGUGGCACACGUGGUCUUGGCGGCACCAACAUCAACAUGAUUUGCUGGUACUCCGCCGAUGGCUCUCGCGUCCCAAUCUUUAAACCGAAGAUGGAGCGUGCCUCCUUCGCAUAUUGGCCUGGAGGCGGCGGCCUCUUAGACAGCGAGUACAAAGCCUCAGAGGGCUAUUUCAUUGUGGGCUCAUGGAGCAACUGGCGAGAACCAGAAGAGAUG